GAAGAGGUUCUUGAACAGCAGAUGACUCAAUUUAUCCCUUCAUUUAUAUUGAAGCACAACCAAUAGACAGUAAUUCUGAGCAACGUUAGUCGAGGAAAGUGCCCUGUUUUAAGAAAACUACUCAAAGGAAACACAUUCUUUGUAUUGACGUCAAGCAGAGAAUAACCGCUCGCAGUGACAAUACACAACUGCCCGUGCUCCUUAAAAGCAAGACAUCAAUGUUUCGACGUGCGUAGCCAUGGCGAGUCCUCCAACAUCACCCUUUGCCACUUCCAUAGAAAAGACCAAUGGUGUGAAGUUAUGGAAUCUUGUUACUGAUGGGGGAGCAGCAGCAUUAAGGAUCCUCCUGAAUAAAUCUCACUCCCCUCAACCAUUAGCUACUUGGCUCGGUCAACAUAAACAAACACUCUCAAGUCUCAAACAUAGGGUACUUAAAGAUGAUCAGUGGCGAAAGCUCUUUCCGUCUGAUGGAACGCAACCAGACUGUGAGUCAUUUGACAUAACACUGCUUGGGAUCCUUUUAAUCAACAUUUGUGGUUUGUCUCCUCCCAACACCGGAUGGAACGACAAGCCUCCUCGAAGCGACAGGUCAACAGAAGCAAAUAUUGCUCGCAUCAGGUAUUUUCGAAAUCUGCUCAGUCAUGCUCCGUCAACUGGAGUUACCACGCAAAACUUCAACUCCUACUGGGAGGAAAUUGCUGAUGCUUUGGUUGCUCUCGGACUAAAUCGGAAUGAAAUAGAUGCCUUAAAGAAAGAGAAAGAUUUAGAGAAACUGGCACGUUUUGACUUUACAGGAGACAUAAACCAUUACCUCACUAAAUUUCAAGGCGGAACGCGUGAGUGGAUCUUCAAUGAGGUCGAGAAUUGGUUGGAUGAUAGUAGCUCCUUGCACCGUGCAAUGCUGAUCACUGCAGCUGCCGGAAUGGGAAAGUCUGUCGCCAGUGCAGCCAUUUGCAAGAGAAUGCAAAAGGCAGACAGAGUAAUAGGGUAUCAUUUUUGUCAACACAGCUUCGACUUCUACCGUGAUCCGAAACGAAUGCUUCAAUCACUGGCCUACCAGUUAAGCUCGAAAUUGCCAGAAUACAAAGCAGCCCUCGUGGAGCGGCUCUCCAGUGAGCGCAGCAAAGAACUAGAACAUAUGAGAGUGUCAGAUCUCUUUGUGUGGCUCUUUGAACCCCUUUUCGCUGUGGCAGACCCUGGCAGAAACGUCCUUGUGAUAAUAGAUGGCCUGGACGAAAGUGAACUCGAUGAACGCAAUGAGUUACUAGAUGUCAUCGCCAAUCAGUUAUCCAAAUUGCCGCUUUGGAUAAGAUUUCUUAUUACCGCAAGACCAGAGAAAAACAUUUCAGACAAACUAAGAAAUCUAAAGAUUUUCAAGUUGCAACAAGAGGAUGAGCGGAAUCGUGAUGAUAUCAAAACUUUCUUUGAAAAGAAACUGAAUUCUGACGUAACAAACCCAGACAGCCACAGCGCAGUUGUACAAGAGUUAGUCCAUCUCUCAGAUGGCUCGAUGCUCUUCGCAUACUUUUUAAUUCAAAUGAUCCAAGACGGCACAUCACCAGUUAGUCCAGAGGAACUUCGUCGACAAUUCCCACAUGGCAUUUCCUCAGUCUACCGGUCCUAUUUUGAGCGAAUGGAGAAAAGACUGAAGGAAGAAUUGAAGGACAACUAUGGCAAUUUUUUGACUGAUUUUCUCAAUGCUUUGACUGUUUCUGAAGAACCUUUGCACAAGGAGUUCAUCAUGGACAUACUGCGGCAAAACGGUAUCACUUCAGAAAGUGAUUCCUUGAGCGAUCAGCGAAAACUUGAGGGUAUUAUUGGCUGUAUUUCUUCUCUUUUCAUUCUUCGAGAUGACCAUGUUCACAUGUUCCACAAAUCCAUCAAGGAUUGGUUGACAGACCCGUCCAAUGGAUUUUUCUUCGUAAAGGAGAAGAAAGGUCAUAAGAUUCUGUUUAAGUUGUGCGCUAAGGUACUUGAAAUUGAAAAGAGACGUCGUGAACACCAUGCAGAAUCGCCUACUCAAGCCAUGAAGAAAUACGCCUUACGACACGGUGUCAAGCAUAUGCUGGAAGCAUUAGAGACUGGAAGCGCUCAAAUGGAAGAAUUAGUUCAUGGGUACGUGACAGAUCUCGAACUCAUUUAUGCCAAACUAUGUACAGAGGACACGGAUGUGCUUAAGGAUCUUGUUCUUGUGCGAGAACAUCCGAAUUCAAGGGAAUUAAGCGACGAAAUCGACAAUACAAUUGAAAGCCUUUUAUUACAAUUCAAGAAAAACCCCAAGCUGCUUCGAGAUAAUCCUGGGGUGAUUUUCCAAAACUUACUCAAUGAAGGAGGAUCAACACUUUAUCAACAGGUGUAUGAUACUCUUUUGAGUUCCCAUCCAGAAAUACCAUAUAUGGAGCUGUUAGACAAAAAUGGUCAUCAAGGUCCUGUUGUGGGUCGAUUUUUCUGCUCUGACAAAGUGGUUUGCUUUGAUGUUUCCCCAGACGAAAAACUCUUGGUAAGCGAAUGUCGUGAUGGAACGACGUCGUUAUGGUCACUUGAGACUGGAAAGCGGCUAUGGGAAAAAGCUUUAUUAAAAUCGAUGAAGUCGUACAAUGAAGUUCCACUUGGAACUGCUUUUCGACAGAAGUACGAAGACAACGAGACUGGGAAAAAGACGCUGUCGUUUUACCGUUCCACUGUCUUCCAUCCAGACGGUUGUUCCAUUUUGCCAGGAAACUUGGCCAAAGUUUACAGCUUAGAUGGAAAAACGAAGUCACUCUUUUCAGGGAGCAAAUGUCAUUUCAAUGUUUGCUAUUUCUCAGGAAACAAAACGAGGAUGUUAACUGAUUGUCCAGAAAACGCCAAUCAAGUGGUCAUGUGGAGCACCGAGAAUGGUGAGGAGAUCAAACGCUUCGAGAGCGAAGAAACGAUAGCCUCUUUUGCUAUUUCUCAAGAUGGAAAUAGUGUUGCAAUCUGCCAUACAAGUGGCUCACUCUGGUUACAAGCUGUUGAAGAUCCCAGUUGGAAGAAAGCACCUCAGAACAUUUCUGGCGAGGGUAACCCUUGUGGACUGUUACGUUUUACAGAAGCAGGAGCUCUUGUCUGUGGCAAUAUCAAACAUGAGCUGUCUGAUCACCGAGACAAGUACAAACUUUCGGUGCCAGCGCUUCAGUCACAAUCAUCUUGUGUCUUUCUGUGGCCGUGGGAAUCGGUUGAUUCUAUUGAUAGAUUGAAAGUCGUUUGUAAGACAUCCCAUUUCGUUUCUGCAGACUUGCAAAUUGGAUUUUGCCUCUUGUUACUAAAAGAUUUGGCAGUGGUCGGGAGUCCAACGGUUAAUUACUUAACGAUGCUUGAUAUUACUCGUCCCCUAAAAGACGAAGAGAUGCCACGGACAGCACAAGCUGCGUUUUCUACUGUCAACGAUAGCACGCGCUUGUACACAACUAUCGCCAUUUGCAACCAAGGAAUGAAAACAGAUGAGUCACGCUCGGUGACAUUUACUAUGCGGGAUGCAAACAAUGCAAGGGAAGUGAAGCAGGAAAAGUCCUUCCAACACAGUUCACGUCGUGUCGAGAAUGGGAUAAUGACUGUAACUGUCACAUACAAUGGUGAGACAGGUGUUCUCUUGCAAACAGACAGCAAGACAUUGCAGGUAUGGAACGGUGACUUGUCUCAAGGUCUAAACUCUAUCACCAUGAUGGGCGAAAUCGAAAGACUAAUUCCUGUAUCGAAAGAUCUUGUUGGAUGCGUUUUAUGCACGCCUAAAUUUUCAUCCGAAGGACAACAGGAACUUAGAAUUGCCUUGUUUGAUAUCUCCGCGUGGAAAGUUGUAUUUGAAAGAAACUUGAGUGGUAAACCAGAACUAAAAUCGAUUGCGUGCAGUCUUCAAAGAGGUGUGGUGUUCUGUGCCGAAAACGACGCAAGAAAGCGCGAAAUGUUCUUUUACAGAGGUGAGGCAAAUGUUCCCAUCUGGAGAGAAGACGACAUUUACCAAGGCGGUUGCAACUGGAGACAUCCACACUGCGUAUUUUCUCCUCAGGGAGAUGUAGUUGUCACAUGGAAUACUCUGAAUGACGGCUAUGGAUUGCACACUCUCAGUGCGAAGACUGGAAUGAGGAAGCACGUCUUUCUGGAAAACUGUUACGACAUCGCCGACUGCAGGUUUCUCAACGAUGGCGAGACUAUGGUCUGCUACAGAUACGAGUCUCACGUACGACUUUUCAGUGUUACAUCCGGAGAAGUGCUAGCUGUCUUGGACAUAGGAGAGCGCCCGACCUGUAUAGGAUGUUCUCCCAGCGAGCCUCUUAUUGCUGUUGGACUACGUUUUGGAAAUGUAAUAGUGAUUCGAGCGCAUGUGCCAAAACUACGGAGAGCCAACCACAAACAGAGAAAGGCUUGAAUGACCUGUUGAGAGUCUAAUUAGCACAGAUUCGCAAGUCAAGAGGAGCGAGUGUCUGUAGGAAGCCACGGAAAGGUGCCCGCUCAUGAAUGAAAUAAUCAUUAUGAACACUAUUUUAAAACUUCAUUAAGUGACUGUUCAUGCGAACUGACUAAGUCAGAAUUGAUUGAUUAAAUCGUCGUUAGAAAGACCUCAUUAGGGAUCCUAGGGAGCCAUGACGGCAAAUCUGGGGAAAACGUCGAUCAAUAAAUGAUUUAAGCUUUUCGUUAGGACUUUUUCAUAAGAACGUUAAGAAGUUUAGAUUAAUUUCACAGCAUACAUACCAGGCGUUCAAGGUGAUCGGCAUAAAAACAAAUUAAAUUUUCUUUCAAACUACUGAAACGUUUCCAUAAUGACGAAGAUCGUAAACGCGUUUUUUACAAAGCACAUUUAGCUCCCAAAUCGACUUAGUUUUGAAAGACACAACUUACUCAGUUGCACAUAAACAAAACUAAAAAAUGGAAAUGGAAAUUAGAAAACCAGUGAUUAAAAAAAGAGGAAAAAACAAAAGAAGGAAAAAAACUAAGCUAGAAAAAGGGAACAAAAUAAAACAAACCUAGUUCACUGAAAGGCUAAAAAUAUAGGUAUUGGAAGGUGUACGCUCUCAACCGUUUGCAGCCUAACAUCAGUAUGCAUAUUCUCCAUACUGUUCUCUACACAUUUCUUAAGGUCCUGGUAAUGGACCGCACUUUCGAUAGGUUUACCGGCGUAAUAACCCACUUAGGAUGUUAGAACACGAGAAAAGUUGGUAAAUCAAGAGCCUAAAGCAAGUGAUUUACCGACUUUUCUUGUGUUCUCCCAACAUCCCAAUUGGGUUAUUACGCCGGUAAACCGAUAGAAAGGGCGGUCCAUUACUUUUAUAUAAUAUACUUCAAUUUUCUACGGUUUUAUCAGUGCAACAAACGAUAGGUUUUUGAACAACCAAGGCACUUGCAGUACAUAUGUCAGUUACUAUAUAAAGUUACGUAAAACAUACAAAUCAUUAGGAUAAUCAAUUGCUAGAGGCUUAUCCUUAACUUUGAUUGAACAUUGUAAUGUCACACUAUUGUGUAAGUUCAUAACUUCUGGAUAGUGUGAGUCCCACUCAUUUCUACAGACACGUUCAGAGAAAUACAGAGCACGAUGCCAGAAACAAUCCUGUGUCUUGAGUGCCCAGUGCACAACUUCUGUACCAUUAAAUAAUGAUAAUGGCACGUGCUGGCUCAUGAGGACAUCAUUUUGACAAACUCUGAAAGAGAAAUAAGUCAGCUUAGGCGAUGCGUUGGAAAUAGAGUCUAUACAAACUUUCUUUUAA